GGUAUGACGUGUUUCCGUUUCCUGUUAUUUUGAUAUACCCCAAAAAAAGUAGACAUCAUGGCGGACCAUCGGGAGAGAACGCUGUCUGGGUCUCAGUCGGGAAAGGUGAAAAUUGGCCACUAUGUACUCGGCGACACGCUCGGAGUGGGAACGUUUGGCAAAGUGAAAAUUGGAGAGCAUGCCCUGACCGGUCACAAGGUGGCUGUAAAGAUCCUGAACCGGCAGAAAAUCAAGAGUUUGGACGUGGUGGGGAAAAUCCGGCGCGAGAUUCAGAACCUGAAGCUCUUCAGACAUCCACAUAUCAUCAAACUGUAUCAGGUGAUCAGCACACCUGCUGACAUCUUUAUGGUGAUGGAGUAUGUAUCCGGGGGAGAACUGUUUCAUUACAUCGUCAAACAUGGCAAGCUGAAGGAAGCUGAGGCCCGUCGGUUCUUCCAGCAAAUCAUAUCGGGUGUGGACUACUGUCACAGGCACAUGAUCGUACACAGGGACCUGAAACCUGAGAACCUCCUACUGGACUCCAACAGAAAUGUUAGAAUAGCUGAUUUUGGCCUCUCUAACAUGAUGGCGGAUGGAGAGUUUCUCCGUACCAGUUGUGGAUCACCGAACUACGCCGCACCAGAAGUCAUCUCCGGAAAACUGUAUGCAGGUCCAGAGGUAGAUGUGUGGAGCUGUGGAGUCAUCCUGUAUGCUUUACUCUGUGGAACUCUUCCGUUUGAUGAUGAACAUGUUCCAACACUGUUCAAGAAAAUUAAAGGAGGGGUGUUCCCCAUCCCAGACCACCUGUCCCCCACUGUGGUGGGCUUACUCAGGCACAUGUUAGAGGUGGAUCCAGUCAAGCGGGCUACCAUCCCUGAGAUCAGAGAACACGAGUGGACAAAGAUUGACAUGCCCGCGUACUUGUUCCCAUUGGACGAGCAAGACACGAACGUGGUAGACUAUGACGCUGUGAGGGAAGUGUGUGAGGUACUGCAUAAAUUUGAGUGUAAGGAGACGGAAGUGAUCAGUGGCCUCCUGGGCGGAGACCCUCACAACCCGCUCGCCGUGGCGUACCAUCUUAUCGUGGACAACAAGCGCAUCGAGAGAGAAGUUGCUAGCUCACGGUACAACUUCCUUCGCAGUGUGUCUCUACCCUCGGAUGAGUUGAAAAAAUGUGUACAACAGCUGCAAGCUGCCAAGAACAUGAAGAUGAAGGACUGGUACCUUGCAACAAGCCCCCCUCCCGAGACAUCCUUCAUUGAGGAGAGAAUGGUUGCUCCUCCUAUUUCGCCCCUCAAGCCUUUCCCGGACAGACCAACUCGGACUUCGCGGCCCACGUCAGGAGGGAAGACUCUGGUCCAGCCUUCCUCGGCCCUGGACACUCUUAUAUCCACAGAGAGACGACUACCUACCCCAUCCAAGAAGGCUAAAUGGCACCUAGGUAUUCGCUCUCAAAGCAAGCCCCAUGACAUAAUGAGUGAGGUGUACAGAGCUAUGAAGCAGCUGAACUAUGAGUGGAAAAUGGUGAACCCCUUUCAUUUGAGAGUAAGGAGGAAAAACCCAGUCACACAAAGAUAUGCCAAGAUGAGCCUGCAGCUGUACCAGGUGGACCAGAAGAGUUACCUGCUGGACUUCAAGAGCCUCAGCAAUGCUCCUGACCCAGAAGAUGGAGGAGGAAGCAGUGAUGGUAGCAGACCGUCCACCCCCUCGGGUAGCCAGUCCUCCCUAGUCACCCCCACCACCCCCACGGGUUCUACCCACCCCCAGCAGACCGGCACGCACCACGCCUCCGCCGGGGUCCACCACACCCUGGAGUUCUUCGAGAUGUGUGCUGCUCUCAUCACCACCCUGGCUCGCUGAGGACUAGUCUGCACCACACAAGGCUUCAAGAACUGACAGUCCGGAUAAGAAAUCUCAAGAAAGAAAUGAUGGGCCUACUAAAGACAGUUAAAACUAUAGCGUGUAAAUAGUAUGGAGACACAGUUGUGGGAUCGGUAGUAGUGUCAGUGUCUUAUUUGGCAGUUUAUAACAGUACACAUGCACAUUAGUCAGUUUUAUGGCAUUGCACAGCAUAAAAGUUAUGAAAAGAACAAUUUUAUCCAUAGUUAAUGAGAAAACCUUUAUGCAAGGCUUCCUAAUCUACUACUAUCAUUUCAUGCAAAGUUUGACUUCUUGUACAUGUGUAACAGCUUGUUUAGUUUCUUUAGGAAGCUAAGAGCCACAGGUCUAGAGCUAUAUGUAUUACGUUUGGUUUAAAUACAUGCAUGCAGCCUUCCAUGAUUGUAUUAUUUGUAUAACAAUUACACUUAUAGAAGUUGUAGCAUGACAACACCAAAGUUUAUGUUAAGAAAUUGCCUACGUUUUACAAUGGCAUGAAGAUUGAGACGUAUAGAGCACACUAAUGAAAGAAAGAUGUCAGGAGGGAGAGAGUGGACCAGGUCUGGGCAACUUGCCCAUGAUGAUGAUGACUGAAAGAAAUGUCUGUAUAGUUGCAUUGUAAUGCUCUUAGUGAGAUUAACUCUCUACCUGCUAAGGUAGUGCUUUGGCACCAAUUUGUACUGGUUACAAAACAAGGCAGCAGGGAGGUGGUUAAAUGUGUACAGAAGGACAUCUGCAUGAAGAUUAUGCCAUUGUAUGUAAUGUAUGGUUUUGGGUAUACCACCAUUUUCCAAUUUUUCUUUGCAAAAUACAACACAAUCUUUUUACUUGAAAAAGUAAUUGAAACCUUAAAGAAGGUAUAACGUUAUAUAAGACAAAUUUAAAUCAAAAAUAUUCUUAUUGUGAUAAAACAUAAUGUUAGAUGUAAAAUGAAAAAUGUUUUGUUUGCAAUGAAAGUGUUUGGCAGUAGUAGCGAAUUAUUGUCAUUCGCUGAUGAUUAUAUGAAUUAUAUUUGCUGAUGAUUAUGAAUCAUCGUAAUGUAAAAAAGCAUGCAGAGGUCAACAAAAAAAUACAACAAAACCAGACAUGGUUACAAUUACAAUACAGUGUAUUGGUGUGCAAUGUGAGAUGUUUGUGUGUACUUUGUAGUGUAUAUAUUGCAAUAGAAAGGCUUGUUGGCCUAUAAAAAUUAUGCUGUAGCUAUCAAUAGCAAAUGGUAAUUGUGAAUAUGAAAAGUACAUGUAUCAAAAGAAAAUGUUUGCAUCAUCUACACAAGGCAAGAGACUUGCUUUUCAUAAUAUUAAAGAUACACAAAAGUAAAAUUAAUUUUAGUUAUGAACAUGUUAACUUUCCUUUUUAGUCUUUGUAACUUGGUGAUAUUUGUACUUAUGUCAGUGACUAGUACAUAUAACUUACAUGGAUAUGAUGCAAAAUAUAUCAAUUUGUGCUUUAUGCCUCUGAUUUUUGUUUCUUCUUCGAAUUCUGCUAUAUUUCGUUGUCAAAGCUGGUGAGUCUGAUAUGCCACCAAAUAGUUAUAGGACCUAGGACGGCUUUUGUAGCAUGUCUCUAGUUCACAGUGGCAAACUUUGCUUCCUUGCACACUUACAAUGUAUCUACCGGUACUUCAUUUUGGAUACAAGUAUCCCUGUUUCUUUAGCUUCUUCAUCUCGUACCUACAUACCACAGUCAAUUUAGAAGGAUGGCAAAUACCAGUAAUACUCUUGAAAGGUACAGACUCCAAAGUUACAUCGAUGUAGGUUAGACGUCCAGGUAAUAAAAUACACAAAAAAGUAGUUACUGGAUAUGGUUUUGGAAUAGAAAGUUAAUGCGUAUCAGGUUUAAUCCAUGUCCACACAAGCAGUACAAUAUCAAGUGUAUAAAGUGAGGACAUGAAGGUUACUUUUAGAAGCAUAAGGCAUUGACAACAUCAAAGAAGAAGUACACUGUAAAUCCAUGCAACAAAUGGCUACAAAAGUGACCGGACAUUUGCAGUAACAUCACAUCAUAAAAUUAUCUUUAACUUGAAACAA